AUGUUCAAGCCCACCAACGCCCUGUUCUCGGGUCUUCUCUGGAAGACCCCGUGGCGCCUCUCCGCACCCCAAAAGGCCCGACAACGCAAGCGCCUGCGCGCCGUGGACCGUGUCGUCGAUACCCUCAGCGCUGCCCUGGAGCGCAACGGCUACACCACAAAAGCUGUCAACCGGUGGUUUGCCGAGAUGCCCCGCGAGGAGGAGAUGCUGCCCAAGGACAAGUACACUCUCUUCGAUAAGAAGGAGAAGUCCUACCGGAAGAGCAUUCACAAACUUCCCAAGUGGACUCGUGUCAGCCAGCGUGUGAACCCCCCUGGUUUCUAAGAUCUCGACUCUUUGCACACCUCUCACCAUUCGCCGACGCAUACUCUGCAUGACACUCAAUUCGGCAUCUGUAUUAUACACGCGACUCUUGACCAUGCUUGCUCUAUUCAAUAGGCUGGUCCGAGUUGAAACAUAGGAAGGAUUUCCGGAGUUUUUUUGGUACUUGAGAAAAUCGUCGCGGCCGCUCCGGAGGAUGCCGACGGCUUACAAUGUUCAUUGUUCAGCGCUUAGACAAUUCAGUCCACAUUCAAAAUGACUUGUA